CUUUCUCUUUUUUGGUUCUAUUUUUUGCUAGAUCUGGUUGAAAUUAGAUACGUGGUAGAUCAGUUAAUUGAGGUAGAAAAGCUUGUUCUCCGUCUUUUCUUGAGCGUAUAUCUUCGAGAUUGUUCGAAUCCCUCUGAUCUAAAUCGAUCUAGGGCUCAAGGCAUCAGAUUGGAGUCUAGGACCAAAAGAAUGUAUACUACUGCUUGGAUGGCGCCCUGAUGUUGCAGAAAUGAUUGAAGAAUAUGAUAAUUAUCUUGGACCUGGUAGUGUAUUGGAAAUAUUGUCAGAUGUGCCAAUGGAUGACAGAAACAGGGCAAGCAGCCUUGCUGGUCAAGGCAAGCUCAAAAAUGUCCGGGUUUCCCACAGGGUACUGUUUCAUCAAUAUGAUUGGGAACCCCAUGGACUAUGAUGUCUUAAAGGAAACCAUUAGUAAUAUUCAAAAAUCUUUGAAGAAUGAAGAUAUUCCCUUGUCAAUCGCUGUAAUAUCUGAUAGAGAAUGGCUGUUUGGAGAUCCAUCCAGGGCAGACAAACAUUCCGCAUAUUCCCUUCUACUUGCUGAAAAUAUUUGCAACAAACUUGGAGUGAAGUUUACCAAGUUGAUGAAACUUGAGGUGCCUCUUUUGAUACCAAGAAGGGGUGAUGUCACAAUUAUUAUUAUCAAGAGAGGGAUUAUCGUAUCUAACUUCCUCCCUUUCUCUCUCUCUUGGUGAAAUGUGUUGAGGUUUUCAAGGAAUUUUAUCGAAC